CCUCCAGACCGCUUGCCAUUUAGCUCUGCACACUCGCAACUUGGUGGCAAGCCGUGGUGUGGAUCCUAGAGCAACAGUUGUAGUUCUGCGACCAAGCCUUGGGGAUCGAUUCACUCCAUUUGAUCAUCAUCAUGCAAGAGAGUUGCAAAACAUUGGAGAAGGAGGUUUCACCAUCACUGGGUGUUAUGGUGUACCAGCUCGUGCAGACAGUGUCGUACCAACAGAAGGAAGCUGCUGCACUGGAACUUCUGGUUCGGCAAAAAAAUUCUUUGUCUAGUAUGAGUGGUGCUGAACUUAAACAGUUUCUUCCAGAAGGUGCGAGUCACGUGAAGGCACUUCCCACACGCCGAUCCAUCGCAGCUCAAGAGCUGGAGAAACGAAUUAGACGCAAAAAAUGGGAGAUGAAACUAAUCGCUUUUCUGUUGGACAACAGUCUCUACCUCGUGUGGUGCCACCUGGAUUACUAUAUGUUGCGUGCUAUACCUCGGUCACGUUUUGGGGAUUCUACAUCUGGUGUGCUGUCAACUCUUAGUGAAAUGUCGUGGCAAAUUUCUGCCGAUGAUGUAAGCAACCUGAAACAGAGUUUGGUCUCGGUAUUCAAUGACAGCUUCAGCAAACAGCUGAUUGAAACAAAGAAGGAUCAUUCUGCCAUAGAGAGGGGAUUUGUAGAAGCAAUGCUUAGAAGAAUUAAGAGACUGAUACAGUUUGCACCAGUUAAGUAAUGUUGCGGGAUAAGAAAGAUUUGUAUCAUUUCACAGAGUGCUUGUUAGUAAUGUAACUUUCUUGUGAUUAGUAAUGUACAUUGUUUUGUAAUUUUUUAAAUAAAAAUGUUGAUGAUUUCUACACUAUUUUCAAA